UCUAACUGUUGCCUACCGCUGCUGAAGGAGGGGACUGGCUGUUUCCAUCCAAGCAGUGAAGCUCAUGAAGCUCCUUGCCCCCUACUCCUACUGCCUGUGAAGGAAGGGCAUCACCAGGGCUGUUCAGUCAGACUGUCAGUUGGCAUCUCAAGAUCCGGAGUAAGAGCCAUCCCUGUCAGCGAACCAUGUGAGCAGAGAACCAAGAGCAGAGGAGAAGAAAGUACACUUGGCAUGUCUGUUGCUGAAAAGACAAUAUCCUGACACCAGUAAUAAGACAGCAAAUCUUUUCUGCACAAAUUCCGUUACCUGGGAGGAGAUGUUCCUAGAUAAAUCACCAGCAAGCUUGUGGUCUGAACCAGCUGCUCUAAUGCCUAGUCCCAACACCCCUGCCUGCUCUGAAAGAAAGCCAAUUUUUUGACUGUUCCUAAUGAGAAACUCAAAACUCCAUACUCCUUAAGCAAGUAUCAAUAGCCCUGGAUUAGGAGAGAAGAGAUUCCCCCAGCAGUCUGACAAAACAGAAAACAACCUUCCCCAGCUCAUACAAGGAUAAAUCACCUGCUGUGGGAGAAGCUGGCAGAAAGCUGACUCAGUUUGUUUGGAAAACAGCACUUGCAGAGACCAAAGCUGUGCAAACCUUUGCAGCUCAGUUUGAGAGAAGGACCAAAGCUUUUCACGUACCAAAGGAGAUGACCUACCAAAAGAAGGACCAAAGCAUUUUCAGGACAAAAUGAAAGCCAGAUGGCAAUGUAAAACACAAGUCUCUAAUGCUUGUUGUCAUUCUAAUAGCAACUUGCAAAAUGAUUUGCAAAGGCCUGUCUCAUGCAGUCUGCUUGAAUAUGUGAACCAGCAGUCUUGAGACCAAGAGGAUGGCGCAUUUCUUGCUGAAGCCAUUGUGCCAUCUGUCCUAAGUUUUGUCUCUUGACCUCCUCUGUAAGUUUGGUGAGGGAAGACAGGAAAUCUGAGGGUAAAUAAGCAAAAUGGACCAAAGCUGACAGAGAGCAAUGACUGAGAUUUAUUUCAAAUUCCGUGGAAACCUGACUGGCCGCGUCCACUUUCCAACUCUGGCUACAGAAGUAGACACAACAGCAGAUAAAUAUUCCAGCCUCUACGUGUACGUGGGAUUGUUUCUAACGCUACUGGCUAUCCUUCUCAUAUUGCUUUUCUCCAUGCUCUUGCGCCUGAAGCAUGUUAUUUCCCCAAUCACCACAUCUCCAGAGAGCACUGAGAAUGUCCAGCAGUUCACAGAUGUGGAAAUGCACAGCAGGAUUCCUACCACUUAGAGGCCCCAAAGCAAAGAGGGCUCUGUGCUUGUGAAACAUGUUUUGUUCAGCCAAAUGGUGGUGGAAAGAAUGUCUGCCUGCCUAUUGAGCCCUACAACUUAUUGCACAACCAUCAACAGCAGCACAGAGCAUAUGGAGAGUGUCACUCAACUCAGACUGACUGGGACCCACUAGCUGUUGACACUACAGGCAAUGUGUGUGCAACACCCUCAACAAAAUUUACGUUACAGAAACCUACUGCCAUCAGGAAAGACUCAUAUCCCUUUAAAAGCCCUUGCAGAAAAUGGUAAAAGCCACAAUAAUGACAGGAAAAACCCCAGAGAGACACGUAGCAGAAUGUGUCCUGGAGCCCGUAUUUGCUGACCUAUCUCUCUGCCCUUAAAUUCCUUGCUUAUAAAAAGAGUUGAAUCAACAAAGUAAACUGGCUUAAGUGGAAAGAGCCAACAGGAUACAUACAGAAAUUAUCAGUGGUUUGGAAAUUCUCAGGCAUUUCUCCCAUUCAAGAAGGAAAACCUUAAACUGCUUUUUUCCCACUUGAAUGGCAGAUUUACACGAUGGAAUUUCAGAAGUAUACAAAUGUUUCAUCACCUGCUGGAACUAUGAGUUUCUGACAUUAAAAACCCUACAGUGGAUAGUUGCAUUCCAGAUAUCACAAAGACAGAACUUUUAAAAGAGGAAAGAAAAUAAAGAUAAAAUUUAACAAAGGUUUAAAAUAAAAAGAAAGCAUCAGCAGGAAAUGAGCAGCAGGAGAGGAAAAAUGUUAAAAUACACUCUACCUCUCUUCUUUUAUUCCCCAUUACAUUAACUGAGCUGAAUAUAAACAUAUUCAUGCCUUUCAGCCUUCCCAGUAUCACUCAGUAACUAAAAUGCAGUAUAAAGUCUGUGAGUCAAUGGACAUUCUUCUCCUAAGAGAUUCAAAUUCAUAAUAACAUUUCCUCUCUUAUCCAUGUUGGGUUUUCUUUCUCAAAAGACAGACCGGUUCUUCCAAAGCUUUUUUAUUUGUUUUCCUCCAAAGAAAGCUGAAGAAAUGCCAGGGCCUGGCAUUGCAAUAAUGAAUAGUGUGAACAGCUCUGGACAUAGACUAGUAGGGAACAUGCAGAUGGAAAGUAAACUCACUGAGCACUAAAAGAUAGGACUCAAUCCAAAUACCCUGGUGGAUCAUUUGGAACUUAAAUUUAUGAAACAACAAUCUGAUCCAAUCCUCCUACCUAUGAACGAUGUAUAGAGAUUGACUUUGCUUCUGUGGAUGGGAAAGGUGGAAUCAAAUAUGGCAUAUCACUUCUGGGAGAGCCACUGCCAGAGCCACUGGCUCAAGAAAAACCUUGAGCGAGAUUGCUUCACCUAUAUCUCUAAAGGGCACGAAUUUUACCCAGCUUACCUUCUUUAUUACAGUCUAAUUCUAGUUUAGUGAUAAAAUCCCCUGGUGCUUUCCACAUUUAUAUACACUUAUUUGCCAAUUCUCUCUCCAAGGGCUUGGAAAGUGUAAACUCCCCACACAAAACCAGUGCUAAAAUUAGAGAAGACACUGACUCCAUGGACUUGUGAUAGUAACAAGAAACUGUUUCUCAAAUGCUUUGUGAACAACAGGUCUGUAUAUGGGUGAGCUGUUUGGACUAGGAAUAUGGCUUUUACAGGUGAUUGUGUAUGUGGGGGAGCAGAAUGAUAAGUAAUGUCCAUACUGGAUACAGUUGGUCCAUGGGCAGGACUAGUGUUUUUCUUACUCAUGUAUUUAGUACAAAGCCAUUUAAAAACUUCUUCCUUAUAUUGAAUAACACCCUUUAUACUCCACUAACACCCACAUAAGCAGGUUUAACCUAUAAAAUAGCACAGUGACUGUGUUAGGGAAUACAGCAAACAAUGCACUCUCAGCAAUAUCUCCCCAUGCCAUGCUUGGCUGUGUUUAUCUCAAAAAGAAGACAGAAGGCAGGUUGCCCUCAAGCGUUCUGCCAUGGGGACAAGACACAGAUAUCACCAGGCAGGAUGGUGGCUUCACACCUGACCUAAAGGUUAGCUCCUCAAGGAGUGCUACUCUCAGUACUGCACAAGAGCCCAAAUUCUGUGUGAUGAUUUGGACAUCAGUCCAGCUAGGACAGACGGCUACUGAGUUCAUCAACGACAUUUAAAUUUAACAAAAAUCUAUUCAGAUCAAGUUGGCUUGGUGUGUGUCAUUCAUUCAGCCAUCAUGAGGCAGACUAGCCCUCCCAAUUUUCUUGAUGUGCCAUUUGAAAGCUACAACUUAGACUGUAAAUGUUCUAACAUACUAAAUCAGCAACUAAACCACAUUAGCCUUACAGCACGACUAUCUGUGAAAAAGCCUUAUUUCCAAGAAGCUGCAGGAAAGAUUCAAAUAUUGACAUAAAAUAUCAAACCUACUAAUGGAAAAAGACAGUGUCAUCUGGGUUAGGAUCCAAAUUCUUAUUGCUCUGAUCUCAUCUGAAAAGCCCGCCAGAGGCAGGCGUCAAGACUCUGUUUCUUUCCUUCAUACUAAAGUGUGUUAAUUCAGAAGAGUCUCACAACCCUUUAAAACUUAUUCAGUAAAUAUACUGUAAAUAAGAGCAAUCACUUCAUAUAUCAUUACAUUAUAUCACGUUAUAACUUUGAGCAGACUCUGUAUUUCUAUAUAAUACUGCUAAGGAAAGCAGCCUUAUCAUCUAACACAAAAAUAGCAAGUUUUCCUUUCUAAAGCUUCGUUUCACGCAAAGUAUCUGUCCCACUUGAUACAUAUACAGUCCCAGAGGUAAUUAAAUACCUCACCUGUCUGUACAAUGCCAGCAAGUUUUAAAGCCUUUCUCAUUGAGAAACAGAAGAAUACCUUUUCCCCUUUUUCAGUCUCAUUUGUAAUGUCCAAGACCUGAUGGCUUUGAGAAAAGAGACUGUUUGGAUGCAUUGACCUGUGUUUGCUGAGCGGGCUUUAGUGGACUUGGGUAUUCUUUGGCUAUAAAGAGUGGUUAUUGGAACUUUUGCAUGGAUUUGAUGGAUCUUGGAAAACUGCAGGUGUCGCAUCCACUCCCUUCUCCUCCAGCAGUCUGUUCCCUUCCCACUUGUCCGUCUGCUACAGAAAAUUGGGUUUUUUUACAAAA